CCGACAUUUCAAACAAAGCGUUCCUUCGAUUCACUUCCGUGAUGGAUGACAAAUUGUUCUCUGGGUCUUCAUCUAACUCUGAGGGUGAGGAGACAUCUAUGGUCCGCCAAUGCAGCUGCAUUCGACGUGCGAACACCUAGUCAUCUUGCUCAACGAUGCUUCGAAUCAUAUAAGAUUUAUGAGCAAAUACGAGAAACUGGUGCGCUGGGGUAUCAACAUGAUGGUCAAGAAGGAUCUUGUGACGUCAGAAGGAGAAAGGCCAGUGAAGCGGAAGUAUUCUGUGCCCCAGUGUGGCUCAUGUGCCAAAACUUUACAUCGCCCAUUCGUCUGUCUGGAGUGCAUGUAUUUGGGAUGCUGGAAGGAAGGACACAUUGCGGAUCAUCUCGAGGAGACUGGUCAUGACUUUGCACUUGAUGUUAAUUCCGGUGCUACUUUUUGCACCGCCUGUGAAGAUUUAAUUUACCAUGAAGAACUUGACAAGCGUAGAACUUCCAUACUUUUCGAGGUGGAAAUUAGGAACACUGCGUUUCAGAGCUCUGGAGCCCGUCGAGCGUUGUACAACUCGUGGGUCCCGAGCAAUGUGGAGAAGUUGAAACUCCAGAGAUCAACGCGCCUUAGUUGUCAAGGCCGGAAAGGAUUUCUGAAUCUAGGAGCAAGCUGCUACCUUAGCGUUAUAUUACAAGUCCUCGUUCACACACCUUUGUUGCGGAGAUAUUAUUUGAGUGAUAAACACCCACAUCAGUUAUGCGAGAAAGACAUAUGUAUGGAGUGUGAGAUAGACAAAUUGCUGACGGAGAUUUAUUCGUCGGAGUCGCCUUGGAUAACUCCAACCUCAUUCCUCUAUACACUGUGGCGGCAUGCAAUAGCCUCGACCUCUCAAACCAACUCUCCAUCAGCGCCCCAAUCCAGUGACACAGGUAUUGCUGGAUACGCUCAGCACGACGCUCAUGAAGUGUUCAUUACUAUCCUGAACGCCAUUCAUUUAACAUCGACUGGAGAUCUUCCACCUUUCAAGUGCCGCUGCAUUAUUCACACCGUGUUCGGAGCAGAGUUGCAAAGCGACGUUCAGUGCGGCAAUUGCGGGAGUGUGAGAAGCGUCGUUGACCCAUUGCUGGAUCUUAAUUUGGAGCUGGAAAGCAAGCCAUCAGACGGCGACCAUAGUAUGGAUACCCUUCAUGAAUGCCUUCGACGCUACACACGUUUGGAAAAGUUGGGGGAAAAUGAGCAACCGUCCUGCCAAGAAUGUGACAAGCAGUCGGAGAACGCCACUCGGCGCCUCAGCCUGAGAAAACUUCCUCCUGUGCUGUCAUUCCAGUUUAAGCGCUUCAAGCAAAACGGCAACUCAAGUACAGUACAAAAGGUGGAGCAUCCGGUUCGAUUCCCUGCCACAUUGGACAUGUCACCGUUCACCACGCAUGCGGUUGGGAUGAAGGAUGAAGGAUCUCGGAGAGCGAAAAUGGGACCCUUAUCAAUGUAUGAAUAUGAGCUCUUCGCCGUUGUUAAUCAUGAAGGGCAGAUGGACACCGGACAUUACACGAACUAUGCACGGUAUCAUGACGAGUGGUACCGGUACGAUGAUGAAAAGGUAAUAAAUGCGACUCUCGCGGAGGUCCUUCGGUCCAAGCCGUACCUGUGUCUUUAUGUCAAGAAGUAUCUUGACUAUUCCACGGCGGGCAUCGCCGUUCCCCCUACUGCAUGAGCCCUCGUUCCCGUUUAUCCCUCAGUCGAUUCUGAAUCCGUCAAUACAUGACUUGAAUGCACCAAACUCCACCUGCAGUACGUUGAUUCCGUGGGAGUGGUAACAAUGCACGUUUCAUGUAUGUGCUUUUGCUAAUAUUGUGCACACUUGAUGCAUCGGAGUCCAUAAAAUUUCAUGGCAUUCAACUACAUGUCGCACCGUGACGUCGUGGAACUGGGUGGAGUUGAAAAGUAACGAGGGGAGAUAUUUGUAC